AUGGUAAUGCUCCUCUUUCUCUCAUCCAUCCUCUCCAUCCUCUUCAUUCUCUCCAUUCUCUCCAUCUUCUCUCUCUCAUCAGCACUUGUUGCCCUCGUUUUGGACCCCGUGCAUUCAGCACUUCUUGCGCUCUCCAGCGAAAACCACUUUUCCUGCAGUGGUCGCACCCCGGGAGUUUUGCAACUACAACCAACGCCCACGAGGGGAACCGUUCUCUCACCACUGAAACAUCCUUCGAUCACUUCACUAAAGACCGAAUUUCACCAAUUCCACCAAUUCCAGCAGUUUCAUCAGUUUCAUCAGUUUUUUGAUUUUCUUGAUUUCAGUGCACCACUUUGUAUUUGA